GGUACGUAACGUAACUUCACAAUUAGAGAACUACAGCAACAGACACAUUAGCAAACUACACAUUUGUUUGCAUUCAACUUGUUCACCAACCUGUACGAAGACAAUAUAUACAUAAUAACCUAUCCGACGUUGCGUUAGGUGUCCAGCAUGUCUGUUGAUUGGGUCGGUUACAGCUACGCAGCCCUCGUGGCGUCAGGCGGAGUCAUUGGUUAUGUUAAAGCAGGUAGCGCCACCUCCCUGGUGGCGGGGCUGGGGUUCGGGGGCCUUGCGGGGUUCGGGGCCUACCAGAUCUCGGAGGAGCCUAAGAACGUGUGGGUGUCUCUAGCUACGUCGGGUGCUCUGGCGGGCGUCAUGGGGAAGAGAUUCUAUGGCUCCAGGAAGUUCAUGCCGGCUGGUCUGAUGGCAGGAGCUAGUCUGCUGAUGCUGGGGAAGCUGGGAGUGGGAAUGCUGCAGAAACCCCAGCAGUCUGGAUGACAUCAGAGCUCCUCCCCAUGGUCAGCUUCAGGCUCUCCUCCUCUCCUCGUUGUUGAUUUUUCAUAUUUUGUAAAGGAAAAUGUACAAUUGGAAAGGCUUCUCUUGUUUAUGAAAGUGUCCUGUCCCUGAGACGGAGCAGGCGGAAGGCAGGAGAUAGGAUGCUGAGUAAAAUGUUUAUAAAAUG